GAAAACUAUGUUUUUUAAUGGGUCUCAAAAGUAGAAGGAUAAGACUAGCCUACAGGCCUUACAAUUAGCUGUUAUAAUAGGAUUUGCUUUCCUAUAGACUUCAAUAGCCUUAAGAUAUGUUACAUAGCACAAAAUUCACCCUUUUAAAGUAUACAGUUCUAUGGAUUCACAUAGUUAUGCAACUAUUACCACUGCUGCUACUGCUAAGUCACUUCAGUCGUGUCCAACUCUGUGAUCCCAUAGACAGCAGCCCACCAGGCUCCCCCAUCCCUGGGAUUCUCCAGGCAAAAACACUGGAGUGGGUUGCCAUUUCCUUCUCCAACUAUUACCACUAAGAACUGUUAAUUAUCCCCCCAAAGAAAUAUGAAGUUAUUCCUAUACCCUUUUGUAGACUCUGAUGCAGUCUUUUAAAAAACAUAUUUACCCUCAUUUAGUGUUGACACAAUAAAUUGGCUAAUAUCAACAUGACAAAAUGCUUAACAGAUUAAAUAUUUCAUGAAUUUUCAGAUUUAAUCUCAUAAAGCUUCCUCAGUUUCGGGCACACUGUAUGUUCCAUGUUCACCACGUAUCUUCCUGCCCGAGCAUUUCGAAGCAUCGUCCUCAGGAUGCUGGUUUUAGCUGGCCCACUGGUGAACAGCAGGUGCUCGCCUGAGAGUUCUUUCCCACGAAGGCUUCGAGCUUGCCCCCUUGCCCACCAGGUUCUCAAAAUGUCAUCUGUCAAGGAGCAGCUUAUUGAGAAUCUAACUGAGGAAGAUAAGGUCUCCCAGAGUAAGAUCACCAUUGUUGGAACUGGUGCUGUAGGCAUGGCCUGUGCGAUUUGUAUCUUGCUGAAGGAUUUGGCUGAUGAGCUUGCCCUUGUUGAUGUUGUAACAGACAAACUGAAGGGAGAAACAAUGGAUCUUCAGCAUGGCAGUCUUUUCUUUAAUACUUCAAAGAUUGUCUCUGGAAAAGAUUACAGUGUAUCUGCAAAUUCCAGAUUAGUUAUUAUUACAGCAGGUGCACGGCAGCAAGAGGGAGAAAGUCGCCUUAACCUGGUCCAACGUAAUGUGGAUAUCAUGAAGUCAAUCAUUCCUGCCAUAGUCCAAAAUAGUCCUGAUUGUAAGAUGCUUAUUGUUUCAAAUCCAGUGGAUAUUUUGACAUACGUUGUCUGGAAGUUAAGUGGCUUACCUGCAACUCGUGUAAUUGGAAGUGGUUGUAAUCUAGACUCUGCCCGUUUCCGUUACCUAAUUGGACAGAAGUUAGGUGUACAUCCCUCAAGCUGCCAUGGUUGGAUUAUUGGUGAACAUGGUGAUUCUAGUGUGCCUUUAUGGAGUGGAGUAAAUGUUGCUGGUGUUUCUCUGAAGAGUCUAGAUCCUAACAUAGGAACUGAUUCAGACAAGGACCACUGGAAAAAUAUCCAUAAGGAAGUUGUUGGAAGUGCCUAUGAGAUUAUCAAGCUGAAGGGGUAUACCUCUUGGGGUAUUGGACUGUCUGUGACAGAUCUGGUAAAAUCAAUUUUGAAAAAUCUUAGGAGAGUGCAUCCAGUUUCCACUAUGGUGAAGGGCUCAUAUGGAAUAAAAGAAGAAAUCUUUCUCAGUAUCCCUUGUGUCUUGGGACGAAAUGGUGUCUCAGAUGUUGUGAAAGUUAACUUGAAUUCUGAGGAGGAGGCCCUUUUAAAGAAGAGUGCAAGCACACUUUGGAAUGUCCAAAAAGACCUGAGAUUUUAAAACUUUUUAAUGUUCCAUGUUUUUGAGAACAGAAGAUAGUAGACUGUAUGUUUUAUAUUUUGAAAGUAUUCUCACCUGAUCUGUAAAAAAUAAAAAGAACAUUGGACCUAUGA